CCGCGUUUCAGAGCAAGAUGGCGGCGACCAAGAGCCACGCUCUAGUACACCGGGUGUUAGCGGAAUGCCCGGUGACCAAGGCGCGGGCGUGUGAGUUACAGAUGCCCCAUGGCCCAGUGAAGACUCCCGUGUUCAUGCCCGUCGGGACGCAGGGAACCAUGAAAGGGGUGACGGCGGAUCAGCUGCGGAAUCUGGGCUGUGAGAUCUGCCUGGGGAACACGUAUCACCUCGGGAUGAGGCCGGGUCCUGAGAUCAUGAAGAAGGCAAGUGGCCUCCACGGUUUUAUGAACUGGGACAGAAACCUUCUUACUGACAGCGGUGGGUUUCAGAUGGUUUCCCUGGUGGAGCUGUCAAAGGUGACGGAAGAAGGGGUGCAAUUCAGAUCUCCCUACGAUGGGAAAGAGAUCCUGCUCACCCCAGAGAAAUCCAUUGAAAUCCAAAAUGCAUUGGGCUCUGAUAUCAUGAUGCAACUAGAUGAUGUAGUGAGCAGCACAAUCUCAGGCCCCCGUGUGGAGGAAGCCAUGCACAGGUCUAUCCGCUGGUUGGAUCGAUGUAUUGCGGCCAACGGUAACCCCGAUCGGCAGAAUCUGUUUGCCAUAAUCCAAGGUGGUCUGGAUGCUGAACUGCGCAAGCAAUGUUUGCAGGAGAUGACUAAACGGGAUGUCCCUGGCUUUGCUAUUGGUGGCCUGAGCGGAGGAGAAGAGAAAGAUCACUUCUGGAGGAUGGUGACCCUCAGCACUGACCAUUUGCCUCGGGACAAACCUCGUUACCUUAUGGGAGUGGGGUACGCUACUGACCUUGUGGUAUGUGUAGCUCUGGGCUGUGAUAUGUUCGACUGCGUUUUCCCAACAAGGACAGCUAGGUUCGGAUCAGCGCUGGUUCCCUGGGGUUCCCUGCAGCUAAAGAGCAAACAGUUUGCUAAAGAUUUCCAGCCCAUAGACAAGAACUGUGAUUGUCCCACUUGUCAAAGGUACAGCCGGUCCUAUAUCAAUGCCUUGUUUAAAAGUGACACUGCUGCUAUGCACCACAUUACAAUACAUAACAUUGCCUAUCAGCUGAACCUUAUGCGCUCUGUGAGGGAGAGUAUCCUGCAGGGUCGUUUCCCCCAGUUUGUGCAGGACUUUAUGAAAACCAUGUAUGGCAGCAAAGACAAGUAUCCCCAAUGGGCUGUGGCUGCUCUGGAGACAGUCGGCAUCACCCUGCAGUGACGUCUGUACUUUACUCUGGCCACUGAGGAAUAAGGAGCAAAACAUGAAAUCUGCCUCUUUAUAUUGUAGACUUCACACUGAACGGAGACUCUGCGCCAGACACAAUAGCCCUCAAUGGGCUUAUAACUUAUUGGCAAAAAUCUUGUGUUCAUAGUUCCGUUUUUAUGAAUUACUUCUUAUUUUUUUUUUUUAAACUUUUAAAUAAAAGGCCAAGUUUUUAACAA